AUGUUUAAAUUAAUCAAAAAAACUCAUUAAGUCUUUGCACUUGUAUUUAAGUAUCAAACUUAAAUUUUAUUUUUCUCUGAACUAAUAUUUUCUUAAGAAGUAUAAUAUAAGGGGAAAAUCUUUUUGAAAAUGUUAAAGAAAAUAAGAAAAGAGUAAUCUAAGGUUAUCUAAAUUAAUGAAGCUGUGGUUUAAUAAACAGUUGGAAUUGCUGGGAUUCUUUUUUUAAUAUGUAAUUAUAUUGUGUUUUUUAAUUUUUUAGACUUAACUAUCUUACACUAGAUUUAUGCAAUAUAGAUUUAUGUUAGUUCCUUUAAGCCUAUACCAAAAUUUCUUUAUAAUCAGUUUUAGAUUUAUUAAAGAUUGAUGAAAUUGUUGUUAAACUCAAUGGCGGAACACUUCUAUUCAUAGGUAAAAAAUCGUAACAAUUCAAAUAAAUAGAUGUUUCAUUUAUAACUAUAUAUUCAAAACCUUUAGGAUUAAAUUAAGAUAUGA